AUGACUUUGUUUGUAGUUUUUUUGCUUGUUACCUUUCCAAUCAUUUCAAAUGGACUUCAGUUGUCCCAUGAAAUUAAACAAUCAAAUAUUUACUGUGGUCGCGAUACUAUCCCAGGACAAGUGCCAUUCUACGCUUCAAUAGAAUAUGAUGAACCAAACGUGCAUUACGAAUUGUGUAGUGGUGUUUUGAUUGCAGAUCGAUGGAUAUUGACUGAGGCUUAUUGUUUAAAAUUUAUUUUUGGACCCAUACGGGUUGUUUUAGGUAACGAAUCAAACAACAAAACAAUUGGAGUGGAAGACUACUACAUCCAUCCGAAUGUUAGUCUUGAAACAACCAUGAACAAUAUCGCUCUUUUAUUAUUGAAAGAACCAGUUCAGUUCAGUAUGAACAUCCAACCAAUUUGUUUACCAGAGCCUGGAGAAGAUGAAACUUUUCAUGGUCGCUAUGGGACAGUUGCUGGCCGGGAAAAACUAAAUCCAACAGUGAGAAAAUUACCUUCAAAUAUGCACAUAACCACGUUGCCUAUCGACAGAUCUGAGGAUUGUGAUAAAUUUUUCAAAAAAGUCAUUAAAAAAAAUAUCACUGAUUCCUUUUUUUGUGCUGGUUACCCGAAAAGACGAAAAGAUGCAUGUUUUCCUGAUCGUGGCGAUCCGUUCAUGGUCAAAGUUCGAAAACAUUGGGUAAUUGUUGGAAUCACAUUGAUUAACAUGAGAUGUAAGAGGCCUCAUGCACUCGAUAUUUACGUUAGAGUUGCAUUUUUCUUGGAAUGGAUAAAAAGCACAAUAGAGAAAUAUAAUAGUUGAAAUGUAUUUUUAAAUGUUCACCUGUUAUCUUUGGCGCAUUAAAUAUAAUUUUCAGAAUAUGU